CUUCUCCGGGACUUGAUCGGUCAGGAGGGGAGUAAACCCCUCCACACUCCUACACUCGCAGCAUCUUGCUCUGUUGCCCAGGCUGGAGUUCAGUGGCUACCAUCAUAGGCUGCAGCUUGGGACUCCUGGCCUCAAGUGAUCCUCCCACCUCAGCCUCCCAAAGCACUGGGAUUAGAGGCAAGAGCCACCUGGCCCAGCCAAGAUUUAUUUUUGCCAAACAUAGAUUAUAAUUAUUCAAUAUGUUUCCACUGACCGAAGAAAACAAGCAUGUGGCCCGGUUGUUGCUCAAUACUGGUACCUGUCCAAGAUGUAUCUUCAGAUUCUGUGGUGUGGAUUCCCAUGCACCUUACAGACUUCCAUAUGAGGAGUUGCUCAAUGAACUACAGAAAUUUCUGGAAACUGAAAAAGAUGAAUUAAUUUUGGAAGUUCUGAACCCACCUCCCAAGAAAAUUCGACUACAAGAACUGGAAGAUAGAAUUGAUAAUGUGAAUCAAAAUGGAGAGGGAAGGCUCUCUGUUAUUGAAGAUGGAAGCAUUGCUUCCAGGAGCUCAAUUUUAAAUGUUUGUAAUGUAUGCCUAGGAAUUCUUCAAGAAUUCUGUGAAAAAGAUUUUAUUAAAAAGGUGUGCCAAAAGGUUGAGGCCUCUGGGUUUGAAUUCACCAACUUGGUGUUUUCAGUCUCCUUCCCACCACAGUUGUCGGUAAGAGAGCAUGCUGCCUGGUUGCUGGUAAAACAGGAAAUGGGAAAGCAGAGUCUGUCGCUGGGAAGAAAUGAUAUAGUUCAGCUAAAAGAAGCCUACAAAUGGAUAACUCACCCCCUGUUUUCAGAGGAACUGGGUGUUCCCAUUGAUGGAAAGAGCUUGUUUGAAGUGAGUGUGGUCUUUGCUCACCCAGAAACAGUUGAGGAUUGCCACUUCCUAGGUACGAUAUGCGCAGAUUGUUUCAAGCCAGCCAAAAACAAACAGUCGGUAUUCACUAGAAUGGCAGUUAUGAAAGCUUUGAAUAAGAUAAAAGAAGAGGAUUUCUGCAAGCAGUUUCCUUGUCCUCCAAACUCACCAAAGGCUGUAUGCACUGUUCUUGAAAUUGAAUGCGCUCAUGGUGCUGUUUUUGUGGCUGGGAGAUAUAAUAAAUACUCCAGAAAUCUACCACAAACUCCUUGGAUAAUUGAUGGAGAAAGGAAGCUGGAAUCUUCAGUGGAAGAAUUGAUUUCAGAUCAUCUGUUGACAGUAUUCAAAGCAGAGAGUUUUAAUUUUUCAUCCUCUGGAAGAGAAGAUGUAGAUGUGAGAACAUUAGGAAAUGGAAGGCCCUUUGCAAUUGAGCUGGUGAAUCCUCAUAGAGUACAUUUCACUUCACAAGAAAUUAAGGAACUUCAGCAGAAAAUUAAUAAGUCAUCUAACAAAAUCCAAGUACGUGACUUGCAGCUGGUCACAAGAGAGGCAAUAGGACAUAUGAAAGAAGGUGAAGAAGAAAAGACCAAGACCUAUAGUGCCUUAAUAUGGACAAAUAAAGCAAUACAGAAGAAAGACAUUGAAUUCCUAAAUGAUAUAAAGGACUUAAAGAUUGACCAAAAAACUCCUCUACGAGUCCUUCACCGCAGGCCCUUGGCUGUGAGAACUCGCGUCAUUCACUUCAUGGAGACACACUAUGUGGACGCGCAUCAUUUUCGCCUCUAUCUGAAAACUCAAGCUGGGACCUACAUUAAAGAGUUUGUACAUGGAGACUUUGGGAGAACCAAGCCGAACAUUGGCUCGCUGAUGAAUGUGACUGCAGACAUUCUUGAGCUGGAUGUUGAGUCUGUUGAUGUUGACUGGCCACCUGCUCUGGAUGACUAGCUUCCAAAUUUGGAGGCAAAGAGCAGGGUUUUCCUGGCAUGAUGUGGAUAUCCACGGAGCACACACUGUAAACUGGCUGUUUACCCACCAAACGGUGUCUUGGAAACCAUUUGGAUCAUGUUGAUCUAUAUAUUUUUAAAAUUUGUUGUAACAUCUCAGGAUCUAUAUAUGUGUGUAUAUUUUAUGUUAAAUUGUUCCAAGAUGUUUUAUGAUUUUUCUCAUUCCUCUCUCAUCCCCACAAACCAAACUAUGGAUAACAAAACCAUUCUCCUUAAUUCUUUCACUUAAGAGAGUUAUAAAAACAGAACACAUUCUGUUAAUUUGAGAAACUGUAAUUUCUUUCAGCAAGAUUUCCCUCCACAAGAGACAUACCAUCUUUAAAAUCAUGUUCUAAAUUUUUUAAACCAUCUGAAUAAAAGUUAUAUUUAGAUUUAUAUAGCAUAAUAGCCUAUGAUAUUCUAAGAUAUCAAAGCAAAUCUGACAUCAUUACUAUUUUUCCCAGUAAGCCUCAGGCAAACUAUUACCAAUAGAAGAACUUUUGGAUGUGAUUUGUGACAAAUCUUAAUGACCUCAAGUUACUAUUUCAACAAUCUAAAAUUAUCGAUACAUUUUUCCUGUGGAGGGAAAGUGAAACCUUAGGAAUUGAGACAUACCAUGGUAAGAGACCACCAUAAAUCUUUUCAAUAAGGAUAAACAAGUGCCUUUAAUAACUUCAAUCCCAGGGUUAAGAAUUUGAAAAAUUGAGAUUACCAAAAAAGGUAAACUGAUUAUUUCAGAGUGCUUCACUAUAUUCAAUUAUAAACACCUUAAUACCUUAUUAAGGUAGAUAGGAUAUUAUCUCAACUUUAUAAAUAUGGAAACCAAAGAAUAGAAGUUAAAUGACUUAUCUAAAAUUGUCAGUUACUUCCAUAUCUAGGACUAGGAUUAGAGACCAAGUUUCUUGGUCUCUGGGGUCUAAUAAACCCUAUUGUUGAGCACCAGUUGUAUGAAGGAGACACCUAAGGUUUUCCAUUUUAACUCAUAUAACCAUGAGAAUUGACUUUUGGAAUUUAAAUACCAAAUCAUGUAGCUUACCAAAAAAUAGCCAAAAUAUAUUUCAUACAAUCUCAUAUAAUUAACCUUUGUUAGUAAGUUAAUCAUCAGUUGGUAUUAUGAAGAGGAAAAACAUUAAAUAAGCUAAACCUAAAGAAAACAAUGGGCCAUUAAGAGAAAAGUUUCAGAAAGGAGGCUCAUUAAAAUUUCAGAUUUAAAGUAUAAUUUCCAUCACCCUAAUUCAACUAUUUGAGCUUUUUAAAGGAUAUAUGUGGCUUGGAUAGCAUUGGAUUACUCAUUGUUUCCCAUCUCUAUAUUAAACAUAGUUCACAGAUAUUAAGAUUCACUUUAGAUGUGAGGAAAAUGGUUUUAAUUGACAUGAAGUCAGCCAACCACUUUGAAACCAUGUGUUUCAUAUGUGAAUAACAGCAAAUAAUCUUUUCACUGCUUUGAAUGCCAGGAAAUAAGAAAGGGAUAACAGAAAUAAACUUCUGAUAAAAAGGUAAGAACUUCUGUGUGAAUGUUUUUCAGUUUCUGGGGAAAUUUUGCUACAAAAGAGACUUAAAUAAUUUAGGAGACAAUUUUGCAUGCUUUUUUUGGCUCAGCUUUGAAUCCAGUGGAUCUGCAAUAUGGAAGAAUCAAGAACCCUUCCUUAGCAAACUUAAAUUAGAAGACGUCUGUUUCUUAAAUUUCUAUUCCUGAGGUUACGUAAAAUGUCAAGCAAAGAGCAAAUAUUAGCUGUAAAUACUUAUUCCAAAUAUUCAUAUAAUUUUGAGACACAGGUUGUUAAAAAUUAAAGUAGGUCUUUGUUUUAGGCAGAACUGGGAACAUCAAUUAAUGAGAGUACUAUAGUUUCCCUUUUGCCUAUAUAAACAUCUUUUA